AUAAUUUGUUUUUCCUGGAUAUUUAUGCAAUUGUAUAUAUCAUGUAUAUAUGUUUCAUAUUAUGUAAAUGUAUUUUGUUAUGCAUGGUUUAAUAUUUAUAAAGACAGUUUUAUAUAUACAUGGUAUUUAACUUAUAAUAUUACAAUAUACCAGGACCUAUAUCUUUAUACCAUGACCUAUAUCUUUAUAUAUCUA